CGGACGAGCUGAACGCUGAAGCUCUGACCACCAUCGAGAACUGCUUGUUCGUCGUCUGUCUCGACGAUCCGCUCCCGACUUCGUUCAACGGUCGGAAACGCCUCAGUUUUGACGGGGGAGUGAGCGAUGGAAGGGAUGACACGGCGAUGGCUCAUCAGGCGCUACACGGUGGAGGAACGCUGUACAAUACGGCGAACAGGUGGUUUGAUAAAACAAUACAGCUUAUCGUCUCGCCGGACGGCAUGUCGGGCCUCUGUUACGAACACUCGGCCGCCGAGGGCAUCGCUGUCGUUCAGCUGAUGGAACAACUGGUGGCCGCAGCUGACCGAGAUGACGUCACUAUGACGGCACCCACCCGCCAACUGGAGGCGCCCUAUCACAUAGAGUGGUUCCCCAAUGAUGGCAUCAAACAGAGGAUUGAUACCAGCAGUGAGGCGGUAGACAGAUUGAUUGACGAUCUGGAUUUUCUGGUGUUACGAUUCCCUGAGUACGGCAAAAACUUCAUCAAGAGCGUCCGAUGCAGUCCCGACGCCUAUCUCCAGCUGGCGCUUCAGCUGGCCUACUAUAGGAGUCAUGACGAGCUAGUGGCGACCUACGAGUCGGCGUCGAUCCGCCGAUUCCGACAGGGGCGGGUGGAUAACAUCAGAGCGGUGACCCCGCAGGCCCUGGCCUGGGUCAAGGCCAUGGAUGACGUCAGCACAACCCGCGGGGAGCGGGUGCAGCUGUUCCGUGCCGCCCUCCAGCAGCAGACUGAGAUCAUGGUGGAGAACAUCCUCGGCCAGGGCAUAGACCUCCACCUGCUCGGUCUACAGGAGAUGGCCAAAGAACUGGGCAUGAAGGAGCCCGAGCUGUUCCGGCACGAGACGUACAGGAUCGCCAACCAUUUCGGACUGUCCACGAGUCAGGUGCCCACUAAGAGUGGCGACACGUUCAUGGGUUACGGCGCCGUGGUACCCGACGGCUACGGCUGCUCCUACAACCCGCAACCGGACAGCAUCACCUUCUGCAUCGGCUCCUUCCACGCCUGCGACAUGACCUCCUCGGAGACGUUCGCCAACUCCAUCACCGAGAGCCUCAACAUGAUGCACGACCUGCUGAAGUCGGACACAUGGACUAGCGAUAUGUAGGCUUGGUGAAGAUGAUGAAAGGGUAAUAGUCAAGGCGGUAAAUGAGAGGAAUGUGAAGAAGUAUAGCACGUUCAAGUGUACGAAGAAUUCCUGUUCAAGGAAAAUAAGAUGUGAGGAGGAAUGGCUGAUGCAAAAUCCAAGUCAAAACGAGCAGAUGAUAUAGACUUUAUCUCUGUGAUACAGAGUAGACGGCAAGGAAAAGUUGGACGUCAAAACGCUCGGGCGAAACGUCUGAAAAAGCAGAGUUGCUACAUGCACAAGGACAGUGGCUUGGAGGCCGGAGCUGGCAGCAGAGACAUUUGAAGACCUGGUAUAUUGGACAUUGGAUGUGGAUAAUUUAUGCAAAUGUCAUGGCGAGACUCAGUUGGACGGCAACACACAACUAAGCCAGAAAAGAAGUCCACGAUACUAGAUAUAGAUAAUUAGUUACGCUAGCCCAGAGCUGGCACAUACCAUGUACUCGAAACAUUGCAUUCAACAUGAUACUAUGCUGAGUCGCACAUAGCCUGAGCCAGGCCAUUUUCGCAUAGAAUUGCCUAUCAAUAUCACAUAGCGAUGAUGGUUUGACGCAUAAGAUGCAAGCACUUGAACAGCGGUGGAUCUCAGAAAAAGGAUAUUGAAAUGCUUAGAGCAUAGUUGCCAGUCAAUCACUGAGAUGUUGUGCUGUGCGCACAUAUUUGUAGAAGGAAAAGAAGAUAAAGCAGCACACUGAACAAGACAUAGCUCUUGUCAAAGCAUAGAUGCUCCUUGCCAUUGUGAUCCUAGCAAAUGUCAUAGUGUUUUAAUGUUGUCUGUUACCUGCUUUAUUGUGAUAUGAAGGAACCGCCCGAAUGGUUGGAAAAGGAACGAUCAGUUUCUAUUUAUUUAUUAGCGCGAAGACGGCAAAUUAUUAGUUGAAGACUGUUGCUACGGGCAUAAGAAAUUCCCAAGGAAUUCCAAAAUUCUCAAAAUUCCGCCUUGCGAUAUUUUACAUUCAGACGCUCAUUGUUCAGCUUCAAGCUUGAAGCGUACCUAUCUUAAUUUGAUCUCAGUCAAUGUGAGGCCCUUAGGAUCUUACGCGUAUCUCGAAUUACGGGCUUUUGACAUUGUUUGUUUGUUUGUUUGUUUGUUUGUUUGUUUGUUUGAAAUUUGAAUGACAUAUCUUAGGCGACGCUGGAAUGGAUCAGUUAGAACCCGAUGUGCGCUGAAAUGUUGUUGAUCACAAUCACUGUGAUGCACUCAAUUGCUAGGAGCGAUAUUUUUUGGUCCGUCGACGACCGUCUAGUCAUGCUAUCUCGUUUAUUUGUUAUCAGAGUGUCUACUUGUUAAAGGGACC